AUGGCUUCACCGCUCUUUGGCCUGAUACCUGCGGGUCUUCCAGCCAUCACGGAACCCAGCGCAAACCCGGCGCCCACCUCGUUUCUCUACGCCCUGCCCGUUGAGAAGCGCUUCGAUCACAUUGUCGUCUUCCUCCUCCCCGGCGUCACACUCCCUCCGAAUACUGCCGCGUCGAUAUAUCUCGCGACCGCGAACGAUGUAGCAACAGCGCAAGCGCAAGCAAACUUCAAAUUCCUUGGUGCCAUUGGCCCAGGUAAGGAGAGUGCCAUGUUCAAAGUCGGGUCAAGCGCCGCCGGAAACGCUGGCGGCUUGGUGAUUGGCGUCUCAGUCGAGGGUGAAGAUGCCGUCGGCCAACAGCUGCAGCAAUUGGCAGCAAACAAGGCUAGCUCUGGUGGCAGCUCGUCAUCGCAGCCUUCGACAGCAGUCCUGGCUCAGCGGAUUAUACAAAACGCCUUCAACUUCUUAGCCGGUUUCAGCGGAAGCACGGGCCCUGGCGGCAUGGAAGUCGUGCCUCUCAAGGCGUUUGAAGAGUGGUGGCGCAAGUUCGAAUCUCGAGUACGGGCAGACCCUAGCUUUUUGGAAAAGCAAUCAGACUGA